AUGUUUGCUGCCAAUGAAACAGUUCCGAAAAGCGGCCGGGUGGAGCAGGAUGCUCUCCAGGAUAUCCAGGCGGGACGGAGCUCCACUCGAUGGUUCGGCGCGGGCGGCGGGGCGCUCUGGGCGGCCGCGUUGCACUCUAUGGUGCGAUGGGAGGAGCGGCGGGGCACGGCGGGCGGCUCUGGCCCGGCGGUCCUGGAGCCUUCGGCAAGCACCAUGUCGGCUCCGAAAGAAAAUGUCAGCUUACUGUUCAAGCUGUACUGCCUCACGGUGAUGACCCUCGUUGCUGCCACGUACACAGUGGCACUGCGGUACACCAGGACAGUAGGGACAGAGCUCUACUUUUCCACGACGGCUGUGUGUGUCACUGAAGUCAUCAAGUUGGUCCUGAGCGUGGGCAUCCUGGCUAAAGAAACUGGAAGUCUGACAAGGUUAAUGACAUCUCUAAAAGAAAAUGUAUUCGGAAGUCCUAAAGAAUUGCUGAAGUUAAGUGUUCCAUCUCUGGUGUACGCUCUCCAAAACAAUAUGGCAUUCGUGGCUCUUAGCAACUUGGAUGCUGCAGUUUACCAGGUGACAUACCAGUUGAAGAUCCCUUGUACAGCUUUAUGUACAGUCCUGAUGCUCAACCGUACACUUAGUAAGUUGCAGUGGUUCUCUGUCUUCAUGCUGUGUGUUGGUGUUACCCUUGUUCAGUGGGAGCCUGCUCAGGCUACAAAAGUACAGGUGGAGCAGAACCCAUGGCUAGGAUUUGGAGCAAUUGCUGUGGCAGUUUUGUGUUCAGGAUUUGCAGGAGUUUAUUUUGAAAAGGUAUUAAAGAGUUCAGACACUUCCUUGUGGGUGAGGAACAUUCAGCUGUACUUAUCUGGGAUUGUGGUGAAUUUAUUUGCUGUGUACAUGUCGGAUGGAGCCAAAGUUCUUGAGAAAGGGUUUUUCUAUGGCUACACAUACUACGUCUGGUUUGUCAUCUUUCUGGCCAGCGUGGGUGGCAUCUACACCUCGGUGGUUGUUAAGUACACAGAUAACAUCAUGAAAGGUUUUUCUGCAGCGGCAGCAAUUGUUCUCUCUACUGUGGCAUCAGUCAUCCUCUUUGGCCUCCAGACAACUCUUACCUUCCUCCUGGGUGCUGCCCUGGUGUGUAUUUCUAUUUACCUCUAUGGAUUACCUCGACAAGACACCACAAAAAUCCAGCCCGCAGAGACUAAGAACUCAAAAGAGAGACUUGCUACUGUGUGAUGUUGUCCAUAAAAAUGGACAGAUGGACAAGAGAAAGAACAGACUUUUAAAAAAACUGCCUUUUUUUUUUUCUUCCAAAAUCAGCCUUAAGCUAGUCAUAAAAUGGUUAAGUGGGAUAGACUAAAAGCAGAAAUUAGUUCUGUUUUACUUGUGGAGUUUCCAGUGGCUAACACUGAGGCUACACUGCAGCUGAGGAGCUGGCUGCGUAUUUUAUGGAAGGUAUUCUUCAUUUCCUUUGACAAUGAAGUCUCAUUUACAAGGAAAACCCAAUGAAGGAACUGAUCACUCAAUUGUACAUAAUGUAUAUAAUGCAGGGAAAUUUGUUCUUUGUGUAUUUGAUAAACUGUCUUGCUCUUUGAGGGCAGAAAUGCCUGAAAGGUUUAUAAAAGAAAACUAUUUAAAAAAGAUACUGCCAGCAUUUUCUCUUAAAAUACUUGGCACUUGCAAUGUGAUUAAUGACAGGAAGAGUUUCUCUUCUAAGGCAGUAAGUAUGAGAUAAUGCAACUCUACAGGUAAUACCCCUGUUUGAGCAUCACCUACCUCAGAGUGAUAAGAGGCAGCCCUUGUUUGGUUUAAGAAGUCAGAUGAAAGACUGAAGCUGUGAAUUUCCUUUUACUCUUUAAAUGUUUUUUAUAUUGGCUGUAGGUAGUAAAGGGAUCUUCUAUGCAUAGUCCAGGGGAGGGUUUGUAUUUGUUCCUGUACCUUUGGCUUAAGUGUGAAUGAGCCAACACAAAGUUUCAAUCUAGAAGAUCUUUUCUGUCAACCUCUCUGUGCAUACAGUUGCUUGAAAAGGGUUCCUGUAAUGCAUGUUUGCCUUUAAUUUAUUAGUACCAGCUGUGUAAUAUCAACCUUCUUCCUCAUC